AUGAGUGCUGUUUCUCAGCAUCAAAUGAAUGAAAGUGACUUGGGAAAAGACGCAAACGUCCUCAUUAUGGAACUGAACAAAGGUCUCCAGUCUCCAAACCUUGGUGAGCAAUGUAAGGCUAUAGCUCAAUUUCCCAACCUACUUGAAAAAUAUCCCUUUCCAAUGGUCGUUAAUUCCAUUUUCUUAAAGAUUGCACAAAUCUUCUGCGAUGGUCUGUUCGGCACAUUGAGUCGAAUCACCUCGGAGCAUAUUGGAGUGCAUCAUGCCAUUCUGAAGCAAAUAGAUUCUCACUAUGAAGUAGAAUCAGAUGCAGCUAUCUGGUCCAGUCACCAACUGGCUUCCAUGUCCAGACUGACAGUUCGAGUGAUACAGUUAGCGUGCAAACUGCUGGUUCUGUUGGCUAAUUCACAGCCAUCCGAGAUGGACGGAUCCGUUUGUGGUCUGGGACUUGGCGAAUUUGUCACCCUGGUGAUCACACACUUCCUCAUUCCGAAGGAAAACCGCAGCUGUCCCGCCCCUUGGUUUCUAUCAUCAGACGAGCUGUCUGAGGACGAUAUGAAGCUCACCUACUCGUUACUGGUUCAGCUGUUCAGCUGCUUCCCGAACUACGCUUCUUGCUUACAUGAAAUGGAUCUCUGGCGUCUGGUCACUUUGGGUAAGUCGCUUGCGUCAUCAACGUAA